AGCUUUGUUCCCGAGACUCCAGUUAUUUGCUGAUCACCACCAUGCGCUGACGUGUUCUCUUCAUGCACUGUGCUAUUUCAUUAGUGUCUUAUCUUGGCAGUAAAUGUGUUUAUCAAGGUUUUUCAAUUUUAGUUUUUAAUGAAAGCAACAUUAGCGGCAAAUGAUAUUAUAAUCUUUUGACAGUAAAUGUGGUUAUUAAGGUUUUGUAAUUUUUUUUUCUUUUCCAAAGAUUGUAACAUUUGCGGUAUGUGAUAUUGUUUAAUGAUGAUUUUUAGAAAAAGACAACCUGUAAUUCACUUGAUAAGGACUAAAACCAAUGGUCGAAACGUUGUGUACAGAACAACAAUAAAGUUGCCAGUUGGGUUGACAAAAAUACUAUAUAUUAUAAUAAAAUAUAUUACGAAAAUCUUAUUUAGAAUAGUCUUGAAAAAAGAAAUAACUUACACUUUUCAAAUAUCAUCCUGUGAGAUGCACUAAAAUAUGUAAUAUUAGUAUGCCAAUAUUAUACUAGUUUAUCGUAAAAUGUUUUCAUCUUUCGAGAUGGUUCGAACAGACAUCAUCAGAUACUAACUUUCUUAGUUCCUGAUAUUCUGCACCGAUCAAUGACACAUCAUAAGAUAAUGACUACUAGUUCAGCACUAAAUGUAAAGGAUUUUAUAGUCUUACUCUGUAAUCUUCAUGGUAAAUGUAAUAAAGAAGAUAUUUCAAAAGAUCAUCCAUUUUCAUCGCGGAUGGCAAUUUGCGGAUGUCUUUACUUUCUUUCGAACGAUAGUAUAACAAAGGAUAUACUGUAUAAAUUAUUAUACAGCAAGAAAUUCGUGCUAUUGUUAAUGUUAAUUAAUCUGCGAUAUAGCCAAGCAAUGAUUAUAGGAUGGGUGACACAUGCAAUUGUCAUUCUCUGAGAAGAUCAUCGCUCUGGUUAUUGUACCCCAUAUCAAUCAUACUGCGGUACAUAUAUAUUAAUAGAAAACGAGAAAGGUAUCAAUUCCAGAAGAAUAAAUAAUAAAUAGCUUAAGAUUCACGAGCAGCUAUUCAUCUUGACAGUGAUAGUUUGAAUGUGAAACAGAGAAAAGCAAGAGCAUGGACUUCCAAAAUGUAAAUCCUCUAAACGUUUGGAUAAACUUUAUUUCGGGCAAUCUGUUCCCGAUGACCGCCGAUGACACGUCAUUUCCUGUACUCUGGAAGAUUUACAGCAUUCUACUGUGGUUGCUCGAGCUAGUCCAAAUGUGCGUGCUAAUCCGCGGAUGCAUUCUAGUGCCGAAGGAGCGGGCGUUGAAAGACGGUUUGAUCGGCCUCGCAAUAACUAUCGAGGUGGUCUUCAUAGUCGUGCGAAUUCAGACACGUAGGGGAUUGAUACAGCAACUGAUUCAGAACCUAAACGAUAUUCUGCGCACCAAGGAUGAGAUAAUGAGGAACAUCGUGAUAGGGAUCUUCAAACCGAUAAAGGCACCCUUCAAGUUCUACCUGAUAGGUGGCACGGCAUCUGUCUUUAUGUGGACCGUAGUUCCAUUUUCGUUGGUCUUUCACAGAAACGUUUUCUUCUACAUAGAUUACCGGAUGCCGGUGAUCUUUUCCAAGGAGCCAUUUUCCAUCACAACUUUCGUAGCGGGAAGUCUCUUGGUGAUGACUAGCAGCGUAUACAUUUUCAUAAAGAAAGUCAGCGUGGACAGCUACAUGACACAUCUGAUACUAUUGAUAACAGCGCAGUACAAGUACACCGCGUUAAAACUGGCAAUGAUAUUUCAAGGGGCACAGAACAAUUGCGAUGAUGCCAGCGAAGCGAAAAGUUACGACAUGAAUCAGUACGCGAAGAAGAAAAUUAAAAUUAUAUGCCAGCAACACAACGCGGUCCUUCACAUGACGUUCCUGCUAAGAGAAUUGCUGUCUUCGAAUCUGAGCAUAAUGUAUUUAAAUAACGUUUUCCGAUUUUGCUGUAUCGUCAUCAUGGUGAUUUCAGUUACAAUUUGCUGCUGAAUGACUGAUCCUCUGGCAACGUCUACAUUGGAUGACGUCUCUUCUUCUCAGUUUUUCCCAUCGAAUAACUUGGUUGCAAAUCGUCUUGAUUUUAUAAAGUUGAUUCGGUAUACUGUGUGGCGAGAGUUGUAUCAGCAUACAUGGUAAUAUCCUGUUGUCUGCCAGUGACUUUUUUGUGGUAAAUCUUGAUAUUUUAAUGACGUCUAAAUUCUCCAUAUUUUUACUUUUUAGCUCUUCUAAAACUUCUUGCAGUUCGAAGGAUGGAUCGAUGCCUUUGAGUAAAUACGUAUAUAUUUUUUCUUCUUUUGGGGUAAAAGAAUAAAAGUUUGUGUUUGCUUCCAUCAGGGCCUUUUUAACUUUGUGGAAAUUAUGAAUAUCCUCAAGUAAUAACACAUGUUUAGUUUCGUUAAUUCUUUUGAUAUGAAAUCUGUGAUCUCCUGUGAUUUCUUUGGUAAGUCUCCAGGUAUCUUUAGGUUCUUGAAAAAAUAUAUGAAUGGGCGGCGGCCGUCCUUUGAAACUUCUCUUUGAUUGCAUGUGUUCCGCGUGUGACUGAUUGCUGUUAGUGGUGUGACUUGUUUGUUGUGUAUUCUCUGUAUGUUGUACUUUUCGGUUAUUAUUCUUCUGUUUUAAUGAAUUGAUAAAGGAGAGGUUGGUCUCAUCCUCUGUAUCCAUAUCAUUAACAGACUCCGAAGAUAUGAGGUUCAGAGGAUCAAAUCUAUUCUUCGUGCUUACCAAAGGAAUGUGUGUCUCAUAAUUCUGAGAAGAGGGAGAGGGUGUAAAUUGCGCUCCCUUACUCGUUCCUGGUUCCAUUUCCUUCCUUACUGUGGAAAUGUUGUCGGAUGGGCAUAUGAAAUUUGCCUCUUAUUGUUCCGGGCUACUUGGCUGCGUAUUUUCUGGGUUGCUAGUAUACGUAGUUUUACGUCUAGCCGCGUUGAGGUUUGGUUUAACGUUUCGCCAUUGUUUUUUGAGGUUUUUGUUCACUUGUGACUGGAUUUUAGAUUUUAUUGCAGUCGAAACAUCUUGUAAUGUUUCAUCGGCCGCGAUGGCCGAGGUUAUGUUUGAGGUUAGGUCUUCCUUCCUCGCCGACAUUCUUUUAAUUCGCUCUUUUUUUGUUAUCACCUGCACGGUUUUGAAGGGCGAAGAUGUACCUCAAUCGAGGCGCAGGAGCCCUGGUUGAGAAUCUGUGUACAAAACUUCGAAAAAAACUUCGAAACUGUGC